AUUAAUCCAAGGUAUUCGUUAUUCCCUUCCCCUUUUUUUUGCUUUUUUUUCUUCCAUUCACCAUCAUCAACAUAUUCAAUUUGGCCAUCCUUUUAUGCUUUUUUUGAGUUUGCUUUGAGUUUUGCUAGCUUGGUUUGUUUGAAUUUAAAUACGGGCUUUAGUUUUCGUGAAAUAAAGGGUUUGGCUGUUUAAAGGUUUCUCGAAUUUUUGUAUGAGAAGGUCUGACGUUCUAAAGAGGUAUUACCGUAUUAGUAUGUGUUCUAGCAACAUUUCUAAGAGAAAAUGUUGAUUUUGGGUUAUGUUUGAAUUUGCCACCUGGGUUUGUCACAAAAUUUGUUCUUUUGCAAUUCCGUUGUAAAUGAUCAACCACAACAACCCAAAAAAAAUUGGCAAUUUAUAUCUUAUUUUGGUCAACUUUUAAGAGGGAAUUUGCUUAUUUUGACUUAAUUAUUGAAUUCUACCUUCUGGGUUUGAUUGAAUUUUGUUAUUAAUUCAAAUCUUUCUUAUUUUGUGUUCUAGGUUGUAAGAUUAGAGAUGGAGGAUGAUGAUGAAGAUGGCACAUGAUCUCUGUUUUAUUCUCUGUUCUUGUUUUCUGGUUUAAUUUAGUGGUUUUAAUAGAGAAAACUUUAGUAUUAGGAAAGAUUGACUAAUAAUUUAAUAAAAAAUGAUGAUGAUGAUGAUAAAUGGAAGAAGAGAUAUAAAACCAAUUUUGGUGAAAUUUGGUGUGGCUUUAGCACUAUCCUUUGCUGGAUUCCUCUACUCUCGAGUUCGAAUCAAACGGAUCAAGCCAUCUGAUCCCUCUCCUUCUCCUACAGUUUCAGAUUCUGAUAAGAAGGUUGAUUAUGAUGGGAGAUUAAGGGUUAAGGAUGAUCCUCAACCCGAAAUGGAUUCUGUUCAUGCAUAUGACAAGCCAUGUAUUAGGGUCCGUAUUGAUAAUUCAUCAAUGCAUGCCUCACCUAACAGUAGAUAUAGUGGAGAUCGAGAUGGGUUCUUGUUACCAGAAUUUGAACAGGUAGUCAAGGAAUUUAAUGCAGUAAACUCGCCAAAGACAGAUGGGGAGAGUUUUACUGUCAACAAGGACUUACCUAAAUCACUUAGAAGAGUAGAUAGGGAUGACUAUGAACAAGAAAUUGUAAACCUUAAGAAGAGGAUAAACUUCCUUGUAGAAAGAGAGAGAAAGCUUGAGGUCCAGUUGCUUGAGUAUUAUGGCCUUAAGGAACAGGAAACAGUGAUGAUGGAGCUUCAAAACCGUUUGAGGAUCAAUAAUAUUGAGGCUAAGCUUUUCUUGAUGAAGAUAGAGAAUUUGCAGUCAGAAAACAAGAGGCUAAAGACUCAGGUUGCUGAUUACUCUAAGGUUGUAUCUGAGUUAGAAGCUGCUAAGGCGAAAAUCAAACUGCUAAAGAGGAAGAUUAGGUCUGAGGCUGAGCAAAAUAGAGGACAGAUCUUAGACCUUACACAAAGAGUUGUGAAUUUCCAAGAGCAAGAGCAUGAGCAAGAGCACGAGGCUAGCACUAGUAUUUCUGACGAUCAUUCUGAACUACAAAGAGUAACUGAGUUGGAGGCUGAAGCCGAGGAAUUAAGAAAGUGUAACGAGAACUUGCAGCAAGAUAAUGCUGAUUUAGCUCAGAGAUUGGAAUCCACCCAAAUUCUUGCGAAUUCCCUUUUUGAAGAUUCUCAGAAAGAGGAACUCCACAAAGCUAUGGUUCAACUAAGGGAAGAAAAGGAGAAGUUCACAAAGGAAGUUGAGAGGCUUCAAGAAGACAGAUGUGGUGAUGUGGAGGAACUAGUCUAUCUCCGUUGGAUAAAUGCCUGUUUGCGAUACGAAUUGAGGAACUACCAUCCCCCACCUGGUAAAACAGUUGCCAGGGAUUUAAGUAAGUGCUUGAGUCCCACUUCCGAGCAGAAAGCAAAGCAACUAAUACUCGAAUAUGCUAAUACUGAAGAUGGAGCUGACAAAGGGCCACCUAGCCUCAUGGACUUUGAUUUUGAUCAUUGGCCUUCUUCACAACCUUCUUAUCUUACAGACAGCACAGAUUACGACGAGUCCUCUGGUCCUAGUUCUGUUCACAAAUCCCACCCCAAGAAAAUUAAGUUCUUUGCUAACCUAAGAAAGUUAGUUAGAGGAAUAUCUGGUCAUCACCACCAUCAUAAUCAAGAUAGCCGAGCUUCUUCUAUGUAUAAAUCAUUUUCAGUUGAUGACUUAGGGAGAAGGUACUAUGAAGCAGGACAUAGUGGCUCAAAAAGCCACCCCCAAAGUCCAAGAUUCGCAUCAUCUUCUCAAAACUCAAACAAUUCGUCAAUGGAAUAUCAACCACUCACAAGCUUGGCUGAAGAAGAUGAGAAUUCUAGUAGAAUGACCGAUUUGAGAUCAUCAUCGUCACAGGGUGGAGUGAGUUAUGUGAUUGGAAGGGAAAGAACUGGAAGUUCUUCUCCCUUAGAUUAUACACCAGAAGAAGAGUCAGAGAAUAGGCGAAAGUCAGAUUUGGCAAAGUAUGCUGAAGUCUUCAGGGAUUCUAGAUGGAUACAGAAACACAAAAAAUCUGCAUCAUAUAGUACUGGAUGAGUACACCUUGAGGUAACAUAUAAUGUUGACUCUUAACUUAGGCCUCCCUGUAUACAAAAGAAUUAUUGUGAAGUCAUCACAACAUCCUCAACAUUUUUAAUUUGAGGAUUUUCUUAACCAAUUUUGUGUAAAUUAAGAAAUAACAAGGUCGGAUGAAUAGAAAUGGUUUGCACAUACGAAAAUGUAUAAAUUAUAUGGAUCACUGAUAUUUAAACAAGUGAUUGGAUUAAGUUCUGUAUGUUAUAUGGAGUAAUUUGGUACUA